AUGAAUCAUCUCCGCCUGGGCCAGUGCCUCGGCACGGUUCCGCCAGCAACAUUCCGCCGAAGACAUAACGAAAGCCUGAUCAACAGCCUCGCGCAUCAGAAAGAGAUAACCUUCUUCUACAGCAGACCGAGUUCCACGGGUCGGAAUGAUGGAAACAACUGCCCGCCCCCGACGACGACAACUGCAUCUGCAUCUGCAUCUGGGACGAUCGCGCAUCAAGCAGGCGUCAACUGUCUCGCCAUUGACGGCAAUGAAGGUCGCUACUUGUUCUCGGGAGGCGCAGACUCCACUGUCCGGUUGUGGGAUCUUGAAGAACACACGGCAUCCCGCACCGCACCAGCGGGCGUUCCACGUGAAUAUCACCCAUCAGCAGCGCUCACACGCAGCACUCCAUCAUCGCAUACCCACGCGCUGACAUCGAUCUCCAUCUACCCGUUCGACCCAACGCCGUCAACUCUGCUGACGACCAGCUACGACAAAUCGCUCAAAGUGACGUCCAUCACACCUACUUCGCUGGUGCCGGUACACACUUUCGAUCUCGACUUCCUGCCCUACACACAUUGUGUCUCAUCCGUCCCGGACUCGUCCCCACUGAUAGCCGUCGGAACGGCGCACCCAGCUGUGCGGCUACUCGACCUCCGCUCGGGCCUCUCGACGCAUUCCCUCUCGGGGCCCAAUGGCGCCGUCUACACGCUAGCGUGGUCGCCGAGGACAUCCUACAUUCUCGCGUCCGGCUCGGCGGACGGACGCGUGCUGUUCUACGAUAUCCGCCGCGCCAAUGCGGUGUUUGCCUCGCUCGACUCAGACGACGCGGUCGGGGUUGUGGGCGAACAGCCCUCGACCGGUCUAGGCGCGCGCACCGAACUGCUGGAUUUCCAUACGGCCGCGCACAACGGCCCCGUGACCAGUGUGCAAUGGACGCCCAGCGGCGAUCGGCUGGUUACCGCGGGCCACGACCAGCGCAUCCGGGUCUGGGACACGGCGACGGGUCGCAACGAGCUUGUCCAUUUCGGCCCGCGCAUCCGCAACGAGAGACAGGGCGAACUUAAGCCGUUGAUCUCGCCGCCAGGGACCCAUGCGCCCGGUCGCGAGUCGCUGUUCUGGCCCAACGACGACGGCCGCGGUGUAGUGUUCCAGCACCAUCUGCGCGAGGGCCAUUUGCUCGGGAUCUUGCGCACCGAGGGUGUCAAGGUCGCCGAGGUCCAGGCCGCCAAGAAACACGGCAGGACCGGCGCCGCUGGCGUGAGCACUGCCGUCGCCCGCUUGACCAGUGCCGGCCGCAUCAAUGCUAUGGUCUGGCGCACUGAUGCCCCCCUUGGCGACGGGCUGGAGAUGUACACUGCGCAUGGAGAUGGCAGGAUUUGCGCUUGGAUGCCGCGCCCCAAGGAUGCACCUGAAGAAAAGGAUGACGACGACGACAACGUCGACGAUGAUGAAAGUGGCACUGCUGGCGAUACAUCGGCUGGUGGAGAUGGCCGUCGGCAACUACCUCCCGGCUCUGGCGAUGCCGACGAUGCAGCAGAUAGAAAGAAACGCAAGCGUGACCUCAUGGCCGACUUGGUCGGGGGUCUGGCGCGGCGGCCGAUGCGCUUCUCCUGA